AUGGCCGUGGGAUUCGUACCGAGUACUAUUCCCCCAGCCGGGAUCAGCAAUAUUGGGUCGAAGAGCAUGCAAGUUUGUGAAAUGGACAUUGAUGAAGAACCGGGGGAAAGGUCGAUGGAUACUUCAGCACAAUCCGUAUCGGAGUCGUCGAAACAUGAGAAUGCUUCAUUUUCAGCCCGGCGAAAACGAUUAUUGAUUUCAACGGACAGCGAAUUUGUCGACAAUAUUCCUCCAUCCCUGAUACAGCAUCCCGGCAUUGAGGUCAGAUUCAUCACCGACGAGCCAUUCGCCCUCCUCUCCGGCACGAACAAGGUUCCCCAUUAUAUGGACACAGUGGAUAGUAAGACAUUCGAGAAGGAAAUUGGCGCCCGGCGAUGGCUGAAGGCAAAAGCCGCGGAGCUCUGCGAGUGGGCGGAUUUGUUGCUCGUCGCCCCGGUCGAUGCGGGAACAUUGGGAUCCAUGCUGUCGGGCCUCACCACUACUCUGACGCUGGCGUUGUUGCGGGGCUGGAUGUCUACGAAACCCGUCCUUCUCAUUCCGGGGAUGACUGUGUCAGAGUGGGAACACCCGUUGACUGAGAGGCAGCUACAGGAAGUCCGGCGGUUUUGGGCAUGGGUUGACAUUGUAUCACCUAUUUUGUGGAAAUAUAAUGCGCCAGAAGAGCUCACUCAGCUACCAUGGACCGGAUUGAAAGAACUACAUGAAAUGAUUGAGAAAAACCUUACAAUUUCAUUAUCACGGGAUACUACAGAUCCUGCCCAACCUACCGAAUCCGCUGUAUUGCAAGUCGAUGCCAGCUUAGAAAAGACCACAGCUGCGAAAGUCGCAUCUAUCCAGCCCGAAACACUGUCCAAGCCUACUACGGUGGAGAAGAAAGGGCCGCCGUCAUUGCCCUUAGAAUUAUGGUUCAAUAUAUUCGAAGACCAGCUCAACGAUUGGGAGAUUGCCAAAGCAGUUGGCAUCCCAACGAAACUCGCCGUCCCCAAAGAAUGGCAAAGCCAUCUCUUGAAGAUGUCAGCACCCGCGUCUUUGGAGUACACGAUCCUUCGCGGCUCCUUCGCCGCAAUCAAGAAGCGAAUCGACAGCCUGCCACGCUGGAAACCCCUAUCGGACCUAGCAUGCCACCUCAUCUUCAAGUUCUCCCGAACCGACAUCCUCUCCCACCUCGUCGAGAAUCAUCUUGACCUCCUCUGGACAACCUCCCGCCUCACCAACAUCCCCUACCGCGCCUCAGCAAUCUACGGCAACCCCAAGAUCCUGACAUGGUGGCGAGACGCCCCCGCCCUCCCCAACAAAGAAUACAUCGCAGACGCAAUGGACGGAGCGUCCCGCGCCGGCUUCGUCGACGUCCUAGAAUGGUGGCGCACCUCGGGUCUAGAACUCCGGUAUACCGAGCGAGCCCUCGAGUCCGCCAGCGCUGAAGGCCGCGUCAAUGUCCUCGCCUGGUGGAAAACCGCCGCAGCAACAGCCCCUCGUUCCCGACCGAUCCCGCUUAAAGUUGGAAAAUCUGUUCUCCUCGCCGCCCAGUCUGGCCGGACAGCUUCGCUCGCCUGGUGGGACGCAUCAGGGAUUCCGUAUACACACGCCGAAUCCGUUGCGCGCAUCGCCAGCACACACGGACACGUCCACGUUCUCGAUGCGUGGUACAAGUUGAAAGGGGCCAAGAUGAUCUUCGACUGCCAGGUUCUCGUUGGGCCGACUAAGAACGGUCAUGAUAAUGUUCUUGAGUGGUGGCGGCGCAGUGGUCUCCGCGUUGAGUUUAAGACGUGCGAUAUUGAGGAGGCUCUUGAGGACGCGGACCCGGUCUCUGGUGCCGAGGAGCGGGUGAGGAAAUGGUGGGCUCGUAAUGGGCUCAACCUGGGUGUUGGGACGAGUGAGUGGAUGAAGACGAAGGUGCUAUAG